GAGAGAGUCGUGCGGUAAAGAAGCGGGUUAGAGCCAGCAGCCCGACGGUGUUCACGUUUGCUGUAGCUCUUCGCGUCCAACUCCGGGAGAAGAAUGGAGAGGAAAAGGUGGGAGUGCUCGGCUCUCCCAAAUGGUUGGAAAAGGGAAGAAGUGACCAGAAAGUCGGGCUUGUCCGCGGGGAAAAGCGAUGUCUAUUAUUUUAGCCCCACAGGAAAGAAGUUUCGGAGUAAGCCACAACUAGCCCGUUACCUUGGAAACUCCAUGGACCUGAGCUCGUUUGAUUUCCGUACUGGGAAAAUGAUUAUGAGUAAACUGAACAAGAACAGGCAACGCUUACGCCACGACCAUGGCGUUCCCAACAAGGGUAAGCCUGAUCUGAACACCUCUCUACCAGUGAGACAAACAGCAUCCAUCUUUAAACAGCCUGUUACCAGGGUCACAAAUCACCCCAGCAACAAAGUGAAGACUGACCCUCAGAAGGUUGUUGAGCAGCCUAGACAGCUCUUUUGGGAGAGGAAACUUGGUGGACUGAAUGCAUAUGAUAUAGCCGAAGAGCUGAUGAAGACUAUGGAUCUUCCCAAAGGCCUUCAAGCGGUUGGCCCAGGCUACACGGACAAAACGCUCCUGUCUGCUAUCGCCAGCGCCCUGCACACCACCAGUGGCCCAAUCACGGGCCAGCUGUCUGCUGCUGUGGAGAAGAACCCAGGUGUCUGGCUCAACACUGCACAACCCCUGUGCAAGGCUUUUCUUGUGACUGAUGAGGACAUCAGGAAGCAGGAGGAACUGGUAUACAGUGUGAGGAAGAGGCUGGAGGAAGCCCUCAUGGCUGACAUGCUGGCUCACAUAGAGGAGGCUGCCAGUGAUACUGAGCCUCUGAAGGAGGAGACCAAUGGCAGCGAAGAAAUGGAGGCUGUAUAGCCACAGGAAAACAGGUGCUUAGAUACUGCUGAUGCUUAAAUACUCAUAGGGCUGACUUAUUUCCAAAGUGUGAUUUUGAAAGUAAAUCAAAGUUUAAGAUCAGUUGUCACCUAUUGUUUAAAGAACGGUGAUAUUCUACAAGUCUUAAGAAUUCAGUCGAAUUGAUUGUGUUGCCUGCUCCUGUGUGCUUCCAGUGCCUGACAUGUAAUGUAACCUAUUCCUCCAUGUUGUUCAGUCAUGAAGGGAGCUGUGUGGAUCGCAGUAUUCCCCUCCCACGCAGUCACACAGAAACGGGACAUUUACCAACAUCUGAUAGCUGGU